CCAGUCACCAUGGAUUUGCAGGCCAGUGUGGCUCUCUUCCUGCUCCUCACCUUACCUUAUACUCAAGGUCUCCACGGCUUAUACAGCUUUGGACAGCAUGACCUGUUCUACAAAAAGAACCACUGCAAACCAAUCCCGACAAACCUGCUCCUGUGUCACGACAUCGAAUACACCGAGAUGCGUCUCCCGAACCUGCUCGGACACGAGACUAUGAACGAGGUGCUGCAGCAGGCUUCUUCCUGGAUCCCGUUGGUCCAAAAGCAAUGCCACCCGGACACCAGAAAGUUCCUGUGCUCCCUGUUUGCUCCUGUGUGUUUGGACGAUCUAGAUGAGCCGAUUCAACCGUGCCGGUCCCUGUGCGAGAGCGUGAGGAACGGCUGCGCGCCCAUCAUGUCUGCCUUCGGGUUCCCUUGGCCCAAGAUGCUGCAGUGUGAACACUUCCCGCUAGAUAACGAUUUGUGUAUCCCACAGGCCAGCGCAGGGACGGCUGUGCCGGUCACAAAAGCAGUUCCCAGAGUCUGCGACGCCUGCAAAGAAACUGAUGAAAACGACAACGAGAUCAUAGACAACCUGUGUAAGAACGACUUUGCUCUCAAGAUCAAAGUGAAGGAAAUCGCCUACAUCAACGGCGACACCAAGAUAGUCCCGGAGACCAAGAGUCGGACAAUCUACAAGCUGAACGGCGUGACAGAGCGGGACCUGCGAAGGACGGUGCUCUGGCUGCGUGACGGGCUCCAGUGCAUCUGUGAGGAAAUGAACGACAUCAAUGCAGCAUAUCUGGUCAUGGGUCAGAAGAUGGACGGCGAUCUGGUCAUUACGUCACUCAAACGCUGGCAGAAAGGUCAGCGCGAGUUCAAGAGGAUCUCACGCAGCAUUCGCAAACUGCAGUGCUAGAGCCAGACAAAGGUCAGGUAUAAGCUCCGCCCACAGAAGAGAACGGCCAAUGGGAAA